AUGGCUACAGAGCAGAGCCUCCGCCAUGCCACCGUCAGUGGACCGCCGGGGCUCCACAAUGUGCCGAGCUGUGGACAUGCAGCACCAAAGAGCUGCCUUUUAGCUCUCCCUGAGGUGCUGCCUGUCACGCUGGGAUCCCAGGGUUGCUCGCCGUGCCGCCGUGCCGCCGCCGCCAGCUCAUGGUGUAAUGGCAACGUCGAGCCGGUCGGAGCCGAGCGCGGUGUCGCGGGCGCCCAAGUAGUGACGAGCGACGAAAACUGCUGGGAAAAGCGCGUCCGCUCCCAGCCUCGAGCUGAGAAGGCCGACGUGGGCCAUUGGCAGAAAUAG